AUGGGCUGGGAGGACUUCAUGCUGGGUGGUACAGAGGAAGGUGCAGGAUUAAACUUAUACUUUGCUAGACCUCAACGAUUUAUUGGUGAUGCCUAUCAGAGCUUAAUACGUUGGCGAUUAUGGGUCAAGCUCCCAUUUGACUCCUUGCACCUCCUCAUGCCCAUCGUUUUGCGCCGUCAACUCGUCAUAUCGCGGGGGAUUGUGCCGAGCCCUCUCGGAAAACUGAGCUUUAUGCGUUCGCCAUUGGGCAGAGCAAUUGAGAAGUUCGUUCGAGGCGUAACUGACUUGUUGAUCUCUGCUGCCAGUGCGGUCACGAUCAUGAAUAUGCCGCAACACUCAAUUGCUAGUAGCCUAGUACACCAUCAAUUCAAUUGGCCCUUCGGUAGUUCAAAUCGCUACCUCACGCCUUCUAUCGACUCUUCAUUGAGGGGUAUUAACGCGAGAAGCGAAAGACCGAUGCUCAAGCUCAAGGGCUCAGAAUCUCGGUUGCAAUCCUGCCUCUGUCGUCGUUUUUCCAUGUUGCAUUGA